GUUUCGACAGCGGGGGCUGGACGGCGAGUCUCACGCCGCGCUUUUCUGGCGUGCCUCCCCGAUGCCUCGGGAGUGGAGGCGUGGGAUCUCCUAUGUAGGAAGUUUGCCGCGUCGCAUUCUUGGCCGGCUGUGGCAGGUGGCUGAUCGCGUCCUGUCCUUCGGUAACGCCGACCUGGGUCGUUGCCAAAUAUCUCAGGAGUCUUUGUUUAGAAUCUGUUGAGAUGGGGAGGCGAGUGGUGCUUAAAAGGAAGGCCGAAACGCGUGUUUCUCAGUGAAAAACAAAACAAAAGCCAACACGUUAUGGCUUACCGUAAACAGUCCAAAGCUCGCACUCCAGAGUCUUCAAAAGAAGAAAAGAAGAAACCCGUUUUGGGGAAGUUUGGAAAUUUUUUUACAACUGGAAGAAGAAAAACCCCAAAAAAUACAUUAGAAGAUUCUUUAAGCCAAUGUAUUAAAAGUGAAGAGCCAGCAUUGCCAUUUCACAAAGAUUUGGCUCCAUUGGCAUCCCUAGAUAUUGAAGAGGACCUGUCUAAAAGUGAAGAAUCUCUUGCUGACCAAGCCUAUAAUCCAGAAGAUCAGUCAAGGACACAGAAUAUAAUUGAAGACCCAGAAGAAUAUAUUUUCAAUAAGGAUCUAACACACUUGUAUAACGACAUUGUGUCAGAAUGGAACACUAAGAAAGUUUCUUCUGACAGUGAAUGGUCCCCAGAUUGGCACAGUAGUAAUGAGACAAUAAAAAAUACAUUAUUUGAUAGUAAUCUGACACUGCAGACACUGGAAACGGAGAGUGAUCUUAAUCAUACAAGUAAUACCACAACUCCAGAUUUCUUUAAAAGCUUGACUAAUGUAUCUAGUGAAGACCUAGAACAUGACAUAUUAAAUCAUAAGCAGCUAGUGGAUCUGCAUGCAGCUGUAGAAUCAGAUUAUGUGGCAUCAAAAGACCAGCCGUCUAAUUUGGAAUCUAAGCCGCCUGGUCCCAUCUAUCCUUCCAGAGUGUUGACAGUAGAUAUCUUUCUUCGCAGAGCUGAACAACGAAAUUCAGAAGGAACAGUGAAGGAUAUAUUGGAGGAAAGCCAUAGUAGCAGCAACACAAUGGAAAAAAAGCCUGUAGUAAGGAGAUCUGGAAAGAGGAAAAAAUCUCAGUCUUCCAGUGAUGUGCCAAACGGGGACAGAAAUAUGACGGAGAAUGCUGCAAAAGAAGAACCUGUUUUGGAUGGGGUUUUGUCAGAUACAGGAGUAGAAAAAACAAACAUCCCGGAAAGAAAAGCCAAGGCUUCUCAGCAGAUUAAUUCUCCCACGUCUAAUCAUGACACAAGAGCUGGAGCUGGGAGUAGUCACAGAGGGCUGACUAAAACAGAGUCAGAGAAAUGCAAACAACAGGCCUCUGGCUCAUCCCCAUACAGGAGGAAAUCCUUAAGAAAGAACAUGACCGACACAGGUCCCCUUUCACCCACAGGUCCAAAAAGUCCAGGGAAAGAGUCUUCCACCAAAAGACAAAGCGAUAGCAAUUCCAUGUCAAAAUACAGUUCAGUGGAUAAGUCAUCCUCCGGUGAAAGGACUGUAGAGACUUCUAAAGUUUUUUCCACGGAUCUUGUAGUCAAUAGCACAUUGCCACUUUCUGAAGAGAGUACAGACUCUAAAGUAUCAAAUUCUGUCCACAACAUGGAUGGUAGUGUUUUAUUGCACACGGAUGGGCAUAAAAAGGGUGAGAUGAGGACAGUAAAUGAAAAGCAACGUUUCUGCGGUUUGGACGAUGAUAAGGAGAGAAGUGUUUGCUUUGAUGAUUCGAGAACUGUCACAACAAAAUUCAGCCUUCCACCUAAACCAAAGAAUAUUGAAAUAAACCUUAAAGCUUCCAAAAGCCUGGAAGAUUUGGGAAAUGGACAAGAUUCAUUAGACAAAGCAGUUAAAAUUAACUUCAGUAUUGCCAAUAAAAUAUCUUUGUUUGAAAAUAAGAAUAUUAAUCAAAACGUUUCUGCUGAGGUCCCCGCUUCAAAAAAAGCUCCUGUAUCAAAUACAUUUGUUGGAAGAGCUAAACUCAAGUUUGGGAAACAGCAUGUUGAAAGUGAACAGACUAACAGAGUUACAAAUAAAGCAAACAGCCGCCAAAAAGCAUUGCAAAAUGGCACAAAGGCAAGAGAAAUCUCUUCGGAUGUAAAAAUAAAGUCAGAACGAAGGGCCCAGUCAAGUAUUCUAAUGAAUGAGGAAGUUGGAAAAGCUGCUGAAUCUGAAUUUAAUCAAAAUGGUAAGGUAGAUGACAAUCAAGAGGAUGUUUGCACUUCUGAAAAAGAUGGUGUAGAAUUAGCCAAGGAAAAUUUGCUACCUAAAACUCCAUCUGUACAACAGAGGGAAGAAAUUGAAACCUUUCAAAAUAGAAACAGAAGUAUACAGGCUGGAUCUAUAUCUCCUGAAAGUAGAGAAAAUGAUUCUUUAAACACAGGUAUCUCUUCCCUAAGUAAAGAUGAGAAACAUCUCUUGGAAUCUGAUUUUGUGCCCAAAAUAUCAGAAUCAGAGCAUAGUGUGGCUCCACAGACUGAAAAUGAAGAGAAAAGGAUGGUGAAUACCGUUUUGGAAAAUACAGAGUUAUUUGAACAAAACGUUGGUGGUCAGGAGAAAAGUCCUGGAGGUGUUUGCAAUGUUCCUGAAGCUGGCAGUGGUGAAGGCAUUUGUGAUUCCCCUUCAGACAUGGCAACAUUUACUGAAACACUUAAAAACACAUCUGCUUGUGUGCCUCAGAAAAAGAAAAAGGCCAAAGCUCCCAGAUCACCAGCUCCUCACUUUGCGAUGCCUCCAAUUCAUGAAGACAAUUUAGAGAAAAUAUUUGACCCCAAUGUAUUUACCGUAGGAUUGGGAGUAAAGAGAGAUAAACCGCAAGAUCUAGCUCCAUCUCUUCAGCUGAAAUUGCAGAGCUUAGAAACAGAGGCCAGAGUCAGGCCCAAACGAGCCUCUAACGAAAAUAGCCUCAUUCUUCAAUCUCUGAAAUUACCCAGUAGGGCUAAUCCUAGGGCUAUCCAGGAAAUGAGUGGGAAGGAGAGCAAGGACGGUGCAGAUGGCGACGUUAAGAGGUCUCGGCUGGAGAACAGUGCCAUCUUCUCAAGCCUGCUGUCUAAAGAAAAAGUGUUCACACCAUCUGUGACCUCUAUAAACACAAUCACAACUUCAUUUGCCCCUGAGAAGGGUGUUGAUUCAUCAAGAAUGCCUGCUUUAAUAUUUGAUACGGCUCAGAAACCAGAGUGUUUUUCAGGUUUCAGUGCUCCAAACUGUAUGGAGAAAUAUUUACAAACAGAUGAUGCAAAAAAGGAGAAAAUUCUACAAAUGCCGAACUUUGGAAAUCUUGACACCAACUUUUCCAACUGGUUGAAACCAAACCUCUAUGAACCAAAUGGUUUCUUAGAUGUUGAGGCAUUUUCAGGAAACAGCCAGAGUAAAAUUAAUCCAAGACCUGGAAAGAUUGUGAUUUACAAUAAACCGGAUCCUUCAGAAAGCAGUAUUGAAGUUUUUCAUGAUGUGUUGGAUUGCACUUCUUGGGUACUGUCGCCUGUGAUUUUAAUUAAAAUCAUCCGAGGAUGUUGGAUCCUGUAUGAAAAGCCAAACUUUGAAGGGCCUUCAAUCCCUCUGGAAGAAGGAGAACUGGAGCUCACAAACCUUUGGGGAGAACAGCCAUCUGACAGCCAAGAUGAUUGUGGAUCUUCAGAACCUGCAAUGAUUGGUUCAAUCAGACAUGUAGUUAAGGAUUACAGACUAUGCCGAAUUGACCUGUUUUCAGAACCUGAAGGUUUAGGUGUUGUGAAUUCAUAUUUUGAUGACACUGAAGAAACGCGAUUUGUGUCUGCACCGAAAACUUGUUCCAUCCAAGUACACUGGGGCAUAUGGCUACUUUAUGAAGAACCUGGUUUCCAAGGAACCCCUUUAAUGCUGGAACCUGGACAAUAUCCCAGUCUAUCAUUUUGGAAUAAAAAAGAAGCAUAUAUUAGGUCCCUGAAGCCCUUGAAAAUGGGUGCACGUAAAGUUGAAUUUCCAGAAAGUCCCAAGAUUAUCAUUUAUGAAAAGCCAUUCUUUGAGGGGAAGCACAUAGAACUUGAUUCAGAAUUAGUAGCUCUUGCUGUGGAAGGAAAUGAAAAAGAAGAAUCAACAGAGAUCGAAAUGGGACCACUUACCUCAAUAGGAUCCAUAAAAGUGAAAGGAGGAAUAUGGGUUGCCUAUGAGAAGCCAGAGUUUGAAGGGCAUCAGUAUUUACUGGAAGAAGGAGAAUAUCAGGAAUGGAUGGACUGGGGUGGUUACGAUGAGAAAGUGCGAUCACUGCGGCCCAUUCUAGGGAAUUUUGCACAGCCUCACAUGAUAAUGUAUGCUGAUAAAUACUUUGGGACUAAAGGGAGCAAUAUAAACGUGCUAGGAAUCAUUCCCAAUUUAAAGGAUACUGGCUAUGGAUUACGGACACAAUCCAUUAACGUCUUAAGUGGAGUGUGGGUGGCUUAUGAAAAUCCUGAUUUUACAGGAGAGCAGUACAUUCUUGAUAAAGGGAUGUACCCCAGCUGUGAGUCUUGGGGAGCUCUGAGUUGUAAGAUAUCGUCAGUUCAACCCAUAAUUUUGGACAGUGCAAGUGAUCAUACAGGGAAAUGUAAGGUCCAAUUAUUUUCAGAACCAGACUUUCAGGGUGACUGUCAAAUAUUCGAGAAAGACAUUUCUCAAAUUGAGGACACAUUUCUUGUCAAGUCUUCAAAAGUGUUAUCUGGCAGUUGGAUUGCAUAUGACAAAGAAAAUUUUUCUGGUAAUCAGUACGUGUUAGAAGAAGGAGCCUAUCCUGAUCUGCCUGCAAUGGGUUGCCUACCCCAUACAUGCUUGAAGUCUUUGCAAGUUAUAAAUAUUGAACUUUCUGAGCCAGUUAUAGCUCUCUUCGAAAAGGAAAACUUCAACGGAAAGAAAAUGGAAUUUACUAAAGAAGUUGUAAAUCUUCGGUUUCUUGGCUACAAUCCUCGUGUAGCUUCCAUAGAAGUCCUUGGUGGAAUAUGGAUUGUUUAUGAGCACAAUAAUUAUAAAGGCCGUCAGAGUUUAUUAUUACCUAAAAAAAUACCAAACUGGUAUGAGUCAAGCAGCUACCACAAAGUAGGUUCUCUACGACCUUUGCUACAGAAACGGGUAUAUUUCAGAUUUAGAAACAAAGGAACAGGAAAGUUCAUGUCAACUGAUGGAAAUCUAGAUGACUUGAAUCUUCUGAGGAUACAGGUUGCAGAAGACAUGAAAACUGAUGAUCAAAUUUGGAUUUAUCAGGAUGGAUUCAUCAAAUCUAGGGUGGCGGAAGAUUUCUGCUUGACAAUUGUAGGAAACCUGAUAACUCCUGGUGCAAAACUGGGCCUUGCACUUCAACAGAAUGAAGAAAAGCAAAACUGGACUAUUAACCCAGAUGGCAAGAUCUACAGCAAAAUGAAACCAAACUUAGUAUUAGACGUUAAAGGGGGGAAACUCUAUGAUCAAAACCAUGUGAUUGUCAGUUCUGUCAGUGAAGACAAACCAACCCAGUGCUGGGAGGCACUGGUUGCUUAAAGUAUUUCUGCUUCAGGAAGUACAAAGCUGAGAAUGAGACCCAUCCAGAAUUGUGUAGGUGUGGCAAAGAAUGCAACAUCAGUUUGACUUUCCAAGAACAGAAUUUAACCUACCUUCUACAUAAAGAAUGCAGUCUUCAGCAGACCUUCACUCUCUUAUACUAAUCAACUCUUGUGAUGGAAGCAAAGCCAGAGUUUGUUGGCCCUUCCUUGCCACAUCCCUUUUGCCCAGCCCAACCAUGUAUGAGGUUGGUGAGCCUCUAUUACAACUACAUGAUUAACAGCCCCUAAAUUGGAUUCAGAGCCUUAUAUAUAGGA